AACCUGGUUGAAGGCAAUCAUGUUUACCUUAAUGAAUCGAAUGCAAUAUCCCAUUACUCAAGAACACCCUCUACUCAGCAAAAAUCCACACGAUCUUGUGCCAUUCCUGGAAAUUAAACUCUAUGUCGAUAAUCAAAUCCCUGAUCUUUCCUCCCUUAACUCUCCCAGGCUAUUUGCAACCCAUAUACCUUUUUUUUCCCUUCCAAAAUCUGUGCACGAUUCUUCAUGCAAGUUUGUUUAUCUGUGUAGGAACCCCAAGGACAUUUUCGUGUCCCUUUGGCACUUCACUAACAAGUUAAGGCUUCAAGAAAUGGGAACUAAUUCACUUGAAGAAACCUUUGAUAUGUUCUGUAGAGGAGUGACUAUUUAUGGACCAUAUUGGGACCAUGUGUUAGACUAUUGGAAAGAAAGCAUGGAGAAUCCUCAUAAGGUGUUAUUCUUAAAGUACGAGGACAUGAAAGAAUGCCCAACAGAUAAUCUUAGAGGCAUUGCUGAGUUCUUGGGGUGUCCAUUUUCCAAUGAGGAAGAAGAAUCAGGAAUGGUGGAACAAAUCUUAAAGCUAUGUAGCUUCGAUACUUUGAGCAACCUGGAAAUCAACAGGGCUGGGAAGCUGUCAUCUGGUGAGGAAAACAAGGCAUUCUUCCGUCGAGGCGAGGUCGGAGAUUGGAAGAAUCAUCUUCCUACUGAGAUGGUGGAGAAGUUGGAUCAUAUUACUGAACAAAAGUUUAGUGGAUCAGGAUUAAAAUUUUGAGCCUUCACUGGGAAUACAGCUUCACUCAGCCACAUUGUCAAACAAUUCCGUGUUGUUUGCUGGUUAUUUUCUGGAAAGAUAUGCUGCUCCGUGUGUUUGAAUCAAAUAAAUUUGUGUCAAUGCUGUUUGAAGUAUUAAUCACAUCUUUAUUUUGUUAUGGUAACAAACUAUGUACUAAACUUUAUUCUUAGUAAAUUUAGAGUGUGAAUUUCUUUUAUUUCUUUGUUAGAUUCA